AUGCCACCGAACGCUAGAUUCUUCUCAUUCUUCUAUUUCUCCCUUAGUUACUUUUAUGCAUGGAUAGUAUUUAUUUUAAAUUACAUAGAGAGAGAUGUCUUACCACGGUUCUACUGCUGUGGACUUGCUGGUGGAGAUUUCUGUAGACUUUACGAGCGACGUCGUCCACGGGCUCACUGCUUUGGUUACAGACGACCAUGGAUGGGAUGGUUUUGGGGAGAUCCGCAUAUCAAUACUCUGGAUGGGAGGAAAUACACCUUCAACGGCCUUGGUGAAUACAUUACGAUGUCUUACAGUCACGGUGAUCCAUUCGUUUUACAAUCAAGAACUGGCAAGGCUUUUAACAACAGUGAACCCGUUGAACACGGAACGGUCUUCAUAGGGUUCGCUGCUACACAAGAUAUCACAAGGGUUGAAUUCCAGCUGAACGACAACAGGACAGAAAUGAGUAUUCUUGUUAAUGGUUCCUCGAUUAAUAUGACAGAUUUGCUAGACGAUGGAUAUGACUCGCAGGAUCCGACUUUCAUCUUAUCCUCGGAUAAUGAGACCGAAUCCGAGGGUGAGAUCAAGGUCACAGCUCUCUUUCAACCAGAAGGCUAUUCGAGUACGUCCUUUACAGUGACCUUUACGAAUGGAAUCUUGGAUAUAACCGUCAUGGUCCCGCCUGAGUAUUCUGAGAACGCAACAGGGAGGGGUCUGCUUGGUAAUGUCAAUGGAAAUACAUCGGAUGAUUUUCUUUUACGAAAUGGAACGUUGCUGACCGAUCAACCCGGGAGAAAUUUAACAGAAGAAGAAAUAUUCCAAUUUGGACAAUCAUGGAUGAUUACGGAGAACGAGUCGCUGUUUGAAUACGGUGAUAGGGACUGGAGUUACUACAAUCCGAGUAACUACACACCAAUGUUCUUAGACGCCCUACUCGCCCUUGACCCAGACAGGACCAGAGACGCCCGGGAGACUUGCGGGGAUAACGAAGCGUGCCUCUUCGACUUCCUCGCUGUCAACCCCGAAUUGGGAAUGCAGACGAUGGACACCGGGAACCAACUUGACAACGAUCUUCAAAACCUUGAAAAUUUCCCUCCAAAUAUAACAAGCGUGACAGAGCUGACAGAAACAGAUGGACUUCAAGAGGAUGAUGUUCUCUUUGUGCAAGUGGGCGUGAACAUUACCUUAGAGAUUACUGCACAGGACCCUAAUGAUGAUGACGUAUAUUUCACUUUCAACGAUACAACUCCGGAUGGUACAAAUAUCAGCUCAGAUGGCAUAUUCACCUGGAUACCUACUGACCUGAACGUCUCCUCCAUUGAGAUCAUCGCCAUGGACAACCGAGGCGCGGAGACCUCUUUGUCGUACAAUGUCCUCAUCUGUCAAUGCGAGAACAAUGGCGUGUGCGACUUUGAGAGCCAGGCCGAGGGACAGGACCUCAGUGCUAAUGGCUUUGCUGUGGUCACGUGCAACUGCACUGAUGGAUGGUCAGGUGACCACUGUGACGUAGACUUCGAUGCGUGUGAGGGCAGCGGGCCGUGCUAUGACGGGGUUAUCUGCUACGAUGAGCCUCCAUCUUCGGAUGAAGAAUACAGAUGCGGGCCAUGCCCUCCCCUGCUGACGGGCGACGGAAGUAACUGUUACGAUUUCAAUGAAUGUGCUGAUAAUGACACAAAUAACUGUGAUCAGGUUUGUGAAAAUGCAUUGGGAUCCUACACAUGUUCUUGUGACACAGGCUAUAGGCUUGGCCUUGAUCAACGUUCAUGUAUUGAGAUAUUUUGUACUGAGGAACUAAUGAAUUCCACUGGAUCUGAAAACUGUACUUGCGAGCCAGGCUUUGAACUCAUAAAUGGAUCCUGUAUAGAUUUUGAUGAAUGUCUAGCUGGUGUCGACCAGUGCCCGCCUGAUAUAUCUACUUGCAACAACAUACCAGGAGAUCAUAAUUGCACUUGCCAUUCAGGAUACGAAAACAUGUCCCCAAAAGAGUGUCAAGGUACU